ACGACGCUGUACCUAAUAUUCGCCUUCGGGGGGACGAUGGUGGCGCACAUCCCCCCGAACACCGACCCAAUCGCCACGCCGCCCUUCGACCCCGUCGUCCUCCUCUACAUCGCGCUCUCGUUCGGAUUCUCCCUCGCCGUCAACGUAUGGAUCUUCUUCCGGGUGUCGGGCGGUCUCUUCAACCCCGCGGUAACCUUCGCCUUCUGGCUUGUCGGCAACCUCUCCACGACCAAAGCGGCGACCAUCUUCGUCGCGCAGAUGCUAGGCGGCAUCGUCGCCGCGGCCAUAGUGUCGGCAUUGUUCCCCACGCCGCUAGACGUGGGCACGAAGCUGGGCGGCGGGACGAGCGUGGCCCAGGGGCUGUUCAUCGAGAUGUUCCUGACCGCCGAGCUGGUGUUCACGGUGUUCAUGCUUGCGGCGGAGAAGCACCGGGCCACGUUCCUUGCGCCGAUCGGGAUAGGCCUGGUGUUUUUCGUGAUCGAGUUGGUCGGCGUGCAUUUCACGGGCGGCAGCGCGAACCCCACCCGGAGCUUUGGGCCGUGCGUCGUCAACCGCAGCUUUCCGCACGAACACUGGAUCUACUGGCUGGGCCCGGCGCUGGGGGCGGUCCUGGCGGCAACGGUGUAUAAGCUCAUGAAGACGCUGGAGUACGAGCAUGCGAAUCCGGGCCAGGACGACGACCACUUCUGCAGCGAUAAUCCAGAGCAUCCAACGUGUGAAAUGCGGCGGCCGUUCGAUGAGGAGCGUGGUGAGCCGCAGGGCGAACAAUGUACGAUGGUGGGGGCGGCGGGGCGGCCGGAAUGCAGGCUGUAG